AUGCCGGGACAAUGGGUUCUGGAUGACUCUCAAAGUCUGUACUAUCUCGAGAGCGAUGACGGACCUGCGGAGGUUUCCACCGAGCAACUUCCAGGGCGUCUAUCGCAACAUGAAAAGACACAUUUCCGACUUCCGGUCAAGCCACCAACUGCUCACGGACGGCGCACACCUAUCCAGCGCCACAAUCAGACGCCGGGCUGGGAAUCAACGAUCAUAACUUCAGCCACAAGACCGCCUUCCUUCAAGCGCCCUAGACUAUCGUCCGAGAGUGACUUGCUGGGAGAGCCAUUUGCCUCUCAGGGCGCUGCGCCGGCGGAAUCGCAUCGGGACGUUCGGAUGACCAGCGACGAUUCGUUUUCAAAGCUCGCGGCUACUCCGUCAGCUAUGACGACGAAUGUCAACGGUGUUUUUGCACCCACACUACCCCCUGUCCUGGGAACACCGAGACACCGCCGUUCGCACAGUCUCGAAAGCACAAGUACCGCCAACUACAACACACCUGCCGCGAGACACCACGACGAGUGCGACAAAUCCCAGAAGGAGGCGCAGCAGACCAUCGCGCGGGCUCUUGCGCGCGUGGAGCGUGCUACACUGUUCGACCACACGUUCGCGCACCCUCUGUCCAGCCUGAACCUGGUCAUGGGCUUUAACACCAGCCCCCCGAAGUCCCGUUUCGACACGUACAUCACGGCGCUGAGGCAGCUGCUCCGAUGUUCGUUGGAACGGUGUUUCUUAAGCAACGAAUUGCAACGCGCCAUCACUGCCGAAGGGGUGCUGUGGGUGGUGCGCGAGGCGUGGCCUGCAGCAGAAGGGUACUGGAACUUGACGGCCACCUUUCGAGGCUUCCUCCAUUCCGAGCUCUGGCGCAAUUUCCCCUGCCAGCGCUCAUACAGCCAACUACCCCCAGCAUACCGUCCGACGCGGGCACAGUUGUCGGUGCCACACUCGCCGAUGAUCGACUGGAUGCCGUGGCCGGAUGUCCGGGAUAUGGCGAUCAUGUAUCAGGACCAGAUCGACGUGGAUGCGCUGUUCCGGAUGGCUAUCCACAACGUGGUCGCGCACCGGAAACGGCGCGGGCGGCGGACGAAUCAGUCCUUGCCCACGACGUCUGCGUCUGCGUCUUCGUCUUUACUCGCCAAGAAGGAUGACGCCGGCGACGUUCACGAAAUAACAACUCCGCCCGGCCCACCCGCCGCGGACGACGAGAACGACAAAACCUCCUUCCGCGUCUGGGACUUGGUAUGCCUGGAAAAAGCGAACGGCACAAACCCCCUGGCCGAACCAGGCCUGGACAAAAAGCCCGUACUGCGCUCCCCGGGCGUACGCGCCCUACAGCGCGCCUACGACCUCGAGUACGACGAGUUCGACACGCAGAAGCUGGACGACGGCUUCUUCGAGGCCUAUCCGUGUCUGUACGCCGACUCGGCCGCCUCGCGCUGGAAGGUUAAGAGUUUUCCGAGCCUGCCGAGCGAGGAUGUCGGGAGGCCCGUGGCCCUGACGAGGGAGGCGGUGGGGAGGCUCAAGAAGCGCAUUGAGGAUAUGAUUGGGGCGGAGAUCGAGAUAUAA